AUGGUGGACUAUCUUAGAGCAAUUGUUUCAGGCAAAAAGAAAAGACUUAAAGAGGACGGAUUUAAUUUGGAUUUAAGUUAUAUAACGCCCAGAGUAAUUGCAAUGUCAAUCCCAGGGGAAGGUUUGUCCAAAAUUUAUAGAAAUUCGCUUGAUUCAGUCUCUAAAUUUCUAAACGACAGACAUAAUGGGAAAUAUCGCAUUCUCAAUCUAAGCGGCAUCCAAUACGACUACAGAAAAUUCGGGGACAGUGUCAAAGAGUUCCCGUGGCCUGACCAUUACCCUCCUCCUGUAGAACUCCUUUUUAAAGCUUGCAAAGAUAUUCAUCUUUGACUCAGUUUAGAUCCCCAAAACGUAAUUGCAGUUAAUUGUCGCGCAGGGAAGGGCCGGACAGGAACUCUUAUAUGCUGCUACUUAAUUUACUCAGGAAGGAUUUCAGACCCCAACCAAUCUUUGCUGUAUUAUAAAAGAAAGCGAUUUGUGCAAGGUGGAGGGGUUACCCAGCCUUCACAAGUCAGGUAUGUAGGGUAUUUUGCAGAGAUUUUUCAUGGCAGGGUCAAAGGCCCGCUUGUGGUGCAGCUUUCAAGGGUCCAGCUGAGAACUGCGCCUCAUGUGAAUGGAAAUUCGUCAAAGCCUUUUAUUGAUAUUGGGGAUGAUGGUAAAAAUGCUUUAUUUUUUAUAUAAAAAAAUAAUAGGAUUGUUUUGUUUAAGAGGAAUAUGUAUCGAAAUAACCAGUUGGUGUACUCCAGUAGAGAAAGCAAUAGAGAUCGACAGAAAACUUUCCAGGAUUCCUGGGAAGAAUUGCAAUUGCAUGAAAUUGCAGUAGUUGAUAAAGAGCUUCUCUUGCAAGGAGAUAUUCUUUGCAAACUGUCACAUUGAGGUGCUAUUAAGUAUAAGAGAAUUUGUAGGUUUUCCUUCAACACAGGAUUUACAGCUUAUGGUGCUUCUCCAAUUUCAAUUAUAAUUAUAUUAUUUUUUAUAUCCAGUUAUAUUAAGCAUUGCAAAACAAUCAGUGAAAUAAUCAACAGCUGAUUUAUAUACAAAAAUAAAUUAUUUGAUCGCAAGGCAAUAUAUUUUUUUUCAAAAAAAUUAAAAUGCUUAUGGUGGAGUUUCAGUUUUCCCAAAACUGGAAAUUGAUCCCUACAAGUUCAAAAGCAGCAAAAAGGUUUCUGACCAAUUUGCUAUAAAUUUGAUUUUUCAACAGAUCUGCGCAUGCACCUCGAAUAUGGAAAUUGAAGACAGAUGCCAAAUCUGCAAAGCCAAUCUGGAGCUUGAAGAAAUAGAGCGAUGGGAAAGUAUUAAGGGAGUGCUGCUUGAAAGAAUCCAGAUGAAUCCUUCUGUUUUAUUAUUUGGAGACCCAAGUCUAGAUGAUAUUGAUGAAGAGCUAAAUAAGAGUGAAUCAGAGUUAAAUAGAAGUGUAUAG